CCCCACUACCCUUCAUUCCCGGAGGACCGGCGUGCUCCUGAACGCCUCGAAGAAAACAGUGAGUUGGAGAUGUUUGCAGCGAUCUUCUCCCCGAUCUCGUCGAAUCCACCCCUUUCCAGACCUCGCUGCUCUCCUUCUUCUCUCCCAUCCAAUGGGAUGAAUCCGAAGGCAUCGCUUCCCAAUCUUCCGAUCGGGAGUCGACUCUUCGUCAGUAACCUGCCCUUUUCUAUUGGUGAAGCUACUCUCAUUAAACUAUUCUCAAAGUUUGGCCGCAUAGUAGAGGUUAAACUCGCUAAACAUGAAGAGACAAAGAAGUCAAAAGGGUAUGCUUUCAUUCAGUACUCUAGUCAAGAUGAUGCUUUGCUGGCUAUGGAGCAGAUGGAUCAAAGGAGGAUAAAUGGCAGAAUCAUCUAUGCUGAGAUGGCAAAGCCCUCGAAUAUUGGGUUUGCUGAUUACCCAAUAACCUCUGGUCCCCCCUUGCAGCCAAAUUCAGAGACAAGUGCAUGGAAGGAUAAUUGGGAUGGGGAAGAAUAUUAUUAGCCAAAUUAACUAAAGCUGGUUCUUGGUGCUUGGUGAUACUAAUGCAUUUUAUAUCUCUCAACUGUCAAACUUCAGGAUCCCUAUUAUUGGUAGGGAACAGUGAUUGCUGAAAGCAAGGUAUGUAUGGCAAGGUAGGCCAACAAGAGGAUGCGAUCCAGUUAUGAUUUUUUAUCCUGCCAUGUGGAUUUCAGUUCAACAGAUAGCAGAUUUUUCCUGAGAUGCUGACAGGCAUAUUAGUUUGCCUUUCCUGCUGAUAUUGGUUCUUCCAAAUUUUUCGACAAAAACUAUGGAACAUGAUUGUCUGUGUAUUAUAAUCGAUAUCUACAUUCUUUUUGAGAUAAAGAUUGUAUAUUGUUAAUCAAAAUUGACAUAGCUGCUUGGGUGGACUGGAAAGAAAUACCAAUUUUGCUGCUA